AGCAUGAGCAAGAGAAGAUAAAGAUAAAAUGGAGAGCCGGCCAUUGUUGCAGGAGAAAAAACCUUGAGAUUAUUGGGCACAACAAAUCCAGGAUAAGAUCAAGGCUAUGACUUUCCUCUCUUCCUCAUUACCCUCCACUCCUAAUUAUUUUCCUUGUAAUACUCUUGUAAUCCAUCAAUCCCAUGGAACCUCUUGUCCUCAAACCAGAGCACCAUCUUGUGCCUGCCAAAUAGACCAGGGAAAAAUGGGGAGGAGGCUCUUCUUCACUUUCCUUGCUGGAUCAGGCGCCAUGUCUGCAGCAUUGCCAUCCUCCGGGAAGACGAAGAAGCAGACCCCGUUCGAUGAGAGGCGCCUGCUUGAGCAGAACAAGCGCAUUCAGAGGGAGAAUAACGUGCCCGAUGACUUCCCGAGUUUUCUCAGAGAAGGUUUCCAGGUUAGAGUAGUGGCACCGGACUACUAUGUUACGCGUGACUCAGGUCUCGUGUUGUGGGAUAUUGCACCUGGCCAAGGUGAUUGCCCUAAGGAUGGCCAGCAGGUGACGUUUCACUACGUUGGCUAUAAUGAGUCGGGGAGACGUAUAGACAGCACGUACUUGCAAGGCACUCCUGCCAAAGUUCGACUUGGUACUAAUGGAUUAAUCCCAGGAUUCGAGGAGGGAAUCAAAGACAUGAAGCCGGGAGGGAAACGGAGGAUAAUCGUCCCUCCAGAGCUAGGUCCACCAGUUGGACCUUCCACUUUUUUCAGCUCCAAGCAGUAUGAAGUUUUUGAUAUAGAAUUGCUAAGCAUCCAAGAUUGCACGAGGAGGACGAUUGGCUUUUAUUCCGAUGUUGUUUGUUCUUGAGGAGAAAGACUCGGCAAUUCAUUAGCUAGUAAGUAAUUCAGUUGUAGAAUUAAUUCAUUUGAUAUAGAAUUGCUAAGCCCUCAUUAUCAAAA